AAUCUCCUCACUGUCCUCCUUUAUGGAGACUAAUAACUUCUGUGGCCGCAUUUGUUAUGGUAACUACAAGGAAACCUCUGGGGCGUCUAUCGUCUAAAGUCUGUCCCUGUUCGGUCACUGUUUGGUUGGUUGUUACACAGGAAAGAGUUUCCCAAUUUGUAGACAUUUGAAAAGCUCUACCUGUCGCCAUGCUUCCGGCUCAGGAGGCCGCCAAAAUCUACCACACUAACUACGUGCGUAACGCGCGCGCCAUGGGCGUGCUGUGGACGGUUUUUACCAUUACCUUCGCCGUCAUCACCGUGGUGGUGUUCAUCCAGCCCUACUGGAUCGGGGACAGCGUGAACACGCCUCAGGCCGGAUACUUCGGCCUCUUCCACUACUGCAUCGGGAACGCGCUCACCUCGGAGCUCACUUGCAAAGGGAGCGCGCUAGAUUUCGGCUCCAUCCCGUCCGGAGCCUUUAAGACGGCCAUGUUCUUCGUGGGGAUCUCCAUGCUGCUGGUGGUGGGCAGCAUCGUCUGCUUCAGCCUCUUCUUCUUCUGCAACGCGGGCAGCGUGUACAAGAUCUGCGCGUGGAUGCAGCUGGCCUCCAGCACGUGCAUGGUGAUCGGCUGUAUGAUCUAUCCUGACGGCUGGGACUCAGACGAGGUGAAGCGCAUGUGUGGCCAGAGGACCGACAAAUACACCCUGGGCAACUGCACGGUGCGUUGGGCCUACAUCCUGGCCAUCAUCAGCAUCAUGGACUCACUGGUCCUCUCCUUCCUGGCCUUCAGUCUGGGCAGCCGGCAGGACAAGCUGCUGCCAGAAGACUUCCAGGUGGAGGGGAAAGAUAACGCCUAAGCCUCCCGUGGAAAACGGAGGGAAGAGACGGACAAGGAGCACCACCGCCUCAAGGGAUUCAAACAUGUUUCGAGGCUUGAGGACAGUUAAUU